GCAGCAGCUGUAAUGAAGAAGUGUGUCGGUGCUCGUAAAACAGGACUGCGAUGGCGGCGGAGUGUGGAGAACACACCCCCAGCCCUCUCAGCACAAAUGGCUCCACUUCACCGCCACCCAACUCUUCUGCCGCCGCGCACCGGUGCCAACGGACAGUCCAGAGCGGACACUUGAAAUGUGCCAGACGGGAGCAGCCGCUUUCACUUUGGUCCAAUUAAAAAGUCUCCACGCACCUCCUCGCAUGUGGACGUCCACCGGUCUCCCGGCGCCCUCCACGCCCGCGGGCUGGUGAUGCCAUGCCGCGGGGUCACGACGGCGGCGACGAGAGCCCUGCUGGUGUCGGUGGACUCUGGCUGAAGACGACGUCCCCGGGACGCCUGGCGCGGAACUUCCCCCUCAGGGAUGUCGAGUGCGGCCAGAGGAUGAUGAACAACGCGGUGCGGGUCGGGGACGGGCUGGGGCCGCCCGGUGCCGACAUGAAGCAGGGCGCCCGGCUCAGCCUGCUGGGCAAGCCGCUGACGUACAGCGCGCAGGGCGGCCGCCGGAACGCGCGCUACCGCUGGCUCCAGAACUACCUGUACAACGUCCUGGAAAGACCCAGGGAGUGGGCGUUCGUCUACCACGCUUUCGUGUUCAUCCUGGUGUUUGGAUGUUUGGUUCUGUCUGUGUUUUCCACCAUCCCUGCUCACCAGGAGUUCUCCUCACACUGUCUGCUCAUCCUGGAGUUUGUGAUGAUUGUGGUGUUUGGUCUGGAGUACAUUAUCCGGAUAUGGAGCGCUGGAUGCUGCUGCCGCUACCGAGGCUGGCAGGGACGUCUACGCUUCGCCAGGAAGCCUUUUUGUGUCAUGGACAUUUUCGUACUCAUCGCGUCCGUCGCCGUGGUGUCGGCCGGCAGCCAGGGCAACAUCUUCGCCGCGUCUGCCUUGCGCAGCCUGCGCUUCCUGCAGAUCGUGCGCAUGGUGCGCAUGGACCGACGAGGGGGCACCUGGAAGCUGCUGGGGUCCGUGGUCUACGCCCACAGUAAGGAGCUGGUGACGGCCUGGUACAUUGGCUUCCUGGUGCUCAUCUUCUCCUCCUUCCUGGUCUACCAGGUGGAGAAGGAAGAAAACAAGGAUUUCGCCACCUAUGCCGACGCUCUGUGGUGGGGCACGAUCACCCUGACAACCAUCGGAUAUGGCGACAAGACCCCGCAGACGUGGACCGGGAGGUUGCUGUCAGCCGGAUUCGCUCUUUUGGGAAUCUCCUUCUUCGCCCUGCCAGCUGGCAUCCUGGGCUCAGGUUUCGCCCUGAAGGUGCAAGAACAACAUCGCCAGAAGCAUUUUGAAAAAAGGAGGAACCCAGCAGCCAGCCUCAUCCAGUGUGUCUGGCGUAGUUACGCUGCCGAUGAGAACUCGGUUUCCAUUGCUACCUGGAAGCCUCAUUUGAAGGCGUUGCAUACCUGCAGCCCCGCCAAGAAAGAGCAGGGCGAGGCCGCUUACAGUAAGCGUGGCGGGAAGUUCUUCCGAAGGUAUACUAGGAAAUACAGGAGCCAAAAGCUGAGCUUCAAGGACCGAGUCCGCAUGGCGAGUCCCCGGGGACAGAGCAUGAAGAGCCGGCAGACGUCCAUCAACGACCGCCAGCGCUAUUCCCCCGGCAAUGAGGUGGGGGGCGGCGCCGAGCUGAUGAGCGGGAGCCCGGCCAAGGUGCAGAAGAGCUGGAGCUUCAACGACCGGACCAGGUUCAGACCCUCGCUGAGGCUGAAGAGCCAAUCACGGACCGUUGCUUCAGACGUGGACGCCGGCAUGACCACGGAGGAUUCCCAAGAUGAGAGAGGCUGCCAUUGCGACAUCACCGUGGAGGAUCUGUCCACGCCACUCAAGGGGGUCAUCAGAGCUGUCAGGAUCAUGAGGUUCCACGUGGCAAAGAAGAAGUUCAAGGAGACGCUGCGCCCGUACGACGUGAAGGACGUCAUCGAGCAGUACUCUGCGGGACACUUGGACAUGCUGUGUCGCAUCAAGAGCCUUCAGACCAGACUGGACACUGUUGUCGGCCCCGCCCCCAGGCCCCUCAGCAGGCGUGCCAAGACCUUUUCCUCUCCAUCGCUGCAUUUAUAUUACAGUCAGGCCCGGAGGAAAUCCUCAGCAACGGGAAUGGCCAGUGCAGCAGGCUCUGGUCCCGGCUUGAGUAGUCGACUCAGGAACAUGUCCUCUCCCGCCCUGCAUUACUAUUACAGCAACAGGAAGAAGAACUCAGGGGUGGAUCAGAUCCUCGGAAAAGGCCAAGUCCCCGUGGAUAAAAAGCUGAGGGACAAACUGAACCCGGAUGGAGAUCCUCACGAGGGCAUGAGCAUGCUGGGCCGCGUGUGUAAGGUGGAGAGGCAGGUGUCCUCCAUCGAGUCCAAGCUGGAUUCUUUGCUGGAUGUUUACCGCCAAGUCCUGCAGAAAGGUCCCUCUGGUCUCGCUCUGUCCUCGCUGCCACUUUUCGAACUGGACCGGCACCGCAGCGCCGACUACCAGGCCUCCAUCAUGGACAUGGACCCGCCCUCGCCGCACGGCAGCGGGAGCGACCAUGGCGCAAACCCCCGGGGACUACGGCUCAUCUUGGCGCCCGCCGACGACGACGGCCCCCCGGACUCGGCCCCUCCGUCCUACCCCCCGUCCACCGCCUCGCUCUCCCCGUCGCCCCUGUUGCCCCCCGACAGCCCUUACCCCACCCGGGUCACCCCAAACGGCACCAGGAGAGCGCACUUCCCCGACCUGCCCCCUCCGCCCCCUCCCUCGGGGGGUUUUACCCUCCAGUUGCCCCCGGUGAUGCACCCCUCCCACCUGCGCUGCCCGGCUGAUCCCGACCCAGAUGAUGUAACAGAUAUAGUGCUGGCACACCGGGGGGGCCCCGGCCCCUCUGUCGUCGUGGGACCCCAGCCAGGCUUGGAGAGCGCCCAGCUCCGGGAGAAACCCGGCGCCAAAUCCGAGGCGGCCUGGAGGAGACACAUGAGCCUGGAGGUGGACCCUCUCUUGCUGCUUUCGCCCAGCCCCGAUGGGACGCCCCCGGACUGGGGGUGCGCCCUCGGGAAGUCCCUCUCCAUGCACAAUCUCACCCAGCCUUCCAGCCACCGGGCCACGCCGUACGAUGACCUCAGCGACUGGGACGCAAGAGAACUCUUUAUCAGUGAGCGCAAACUGCAGGGGCCCGGCCCCCAUCAGCAUUUGGGUUUCCUGGCCCAGGACCCCCACAGGGGCCCUGCACACCUGUCGCACACUGUGGACGAGGCUGCUGCUCUCGCCGAGGAAACGUCAGACCUCCUCAGUCGGUCGCCACAUGUGCAACUGGGCUGACCACGCACACACACACACACACACACACACACACACACACACACACACACACACACACACACACACACACACACACACACACACACACACAGUCACUGUAUGCCAUUCAUGAGGAGGCCACUUGACAGGAAAUUAGCUUGUUUUCCUUGAAUGUACAAACUUUUUAUCAUACAGUGGAACCUCCAUUUACAAACUUCAUGGGUGAAUCUAAAAGUUUGCUCAGUGAAUCAAAGUUCCCCUUGCGAAACAAUAUCAAUGUGAAUACAUGGUUCCUACUUCGACAAAAGUCUCUAUUUUAGUGAAGGUUUGGCCACUUUGAACACAAUAUAAAGUCCUAUACUGUACUGGAUAGAAUACCUCCUUAAUGCGCUGCAUACACACAGAAGUCCCUUUGGUGCCCUCACAAAAGAUCAGAAACCAUAAAAAUCCUUAACUUUGAAAAACAUAUAAUAAACAAUUUAAAAAGUAAAAGCUGAUGAGAAAGUAGCAGACAAACAGGGAGAGAAAGAAAAGGUUGGGAAGACGGGCCGUGUGUAUGUGUGUGCACGCUUGAAUGAGGCGCUGCUGAAAGAGAAGAGAUCGUUUCCUCCCUUGUGAAAUAAGUCUGCUUUGGCAUCUUUUUCCAAAAAAGUCCGGUCUCAUCACAAUUAAAACUUUCUGUCGAACGAAGCCUGCUUUGGGGAUUCUUCAAUACUUAUAGGUGCCAUUAAUAUUCUCCUUGCAAAUACCAUAUAUUCCGGACUAUAGAGCACAUCAGGAUAUAAGCUGCACCCACUAAAUUUUAGAAGAAAAUUGUUUUCCCCAGUAUAUUAGCCGCACCAAACUAUAUACGUUGCGAAAUGAGUUGUUUACAUACCUUAAUUGUUUGCAAACGGUGCCUGUAAUGUGGCAGUAAAACGGCUGAUCAAACAAAACAGAAGUCAUCGUCAUGGACCCACGAGCUGCGGAAACUAGCUCUCCAAAUAGCUAAACAGACUCAAUAACCCGACUGACGACAUUAUGGCCGUUAAGAGAAAAAAAUCCAUAAAUUAGCCGCAACGUUCUAAAAGCCGCAGGGUUGGAAAUGUAGGAAAAAAGUAGCGGCCUAUAGUCCGGAACUUACAGUAGAGUUUGUUUGGUUUUUUGAACUCCACAGCCAUUCCUUUCUUCUUUCCACGUUGGUCUGUUGAGUUUUGGGGACUUAUAUGAGUUAGCAAUAUAGACAAAACCUGUCACUGAGAGGUGACUGUGGAAGACUCUGCCUCCCCAAACAUGCGCCGCCCUGCUUUUUGUCUGCAGGGGUGACACAAAAUCAAAGACUGGAUGAAGGGUUCGUACACAUACUUGCCAACCAUGAGACCUCCAAAUUCGGGAGA